AUGUUUGGUUUAAAUGAUUAAUUAGAUUCCUUAAAUUUCUUUGAUAAAUAGUAAGAUUACUUUAAACAAUACUUUUCAGAAUAAAUAUUGAAUUCUCAAUAUUUAAGCUUUUUAGAUGAUUUAAAAGAUUGUGUAUAUAUUAAAUAAUUAACUAAAAAUUAAUGGCUUGAUUAACUUUAAGAGAUUAUUGAAAUAUCUACUAUUUAAGAAGUAAAACUCUAAUAUAAUUAUAGAUCAACUAAACAUAAAUUAUUAAUGAUUCCCUUGAAAGUGAUACGCAAGCUCGAGAAAGAAAGAGGUAAUUUAUAUAUUUAUUAAAUUAGUAUUUGUUAUGAUGGAGACGAAGAAAAAACUCCUUAAUAAAGUGAAGAAGAUGAAUAAAGUAAAAACAAAGUAAAUAUUUUUAUUACAUAAUUGAAAGUAUUAAAAAAAUAAGAAAGAAAAAGAAUUAUAAAAUGGAGAAGGAGGUGAAGAGGGAUAUGAUGCCAGUAAUUCUGAUCAUAAGAUUAAGAUUUCGAAAUUGCCAAGAAGAAUCAUCUAAAGGAGAAAAUAAGCUAACAAUCAAGAAUUUGACACAGAUAGAGAAUAUGUAUGUAUUUUUCAUUUAUUUAGAAAUAAAAAGAAUGAAC